AUGGCAAGAACUAAGAACCCCAGUCGUAGGGGCUCAAAACACAAGGAACCAGUUACCUACAGCAGUCGUCAGGUUCAAGUUGGAAGUGGGCAAACCUCGGACUCUAUUGAUGAAGCUGUGCCGCAGAAGGAUAUGGGUAAAUCUAAACCACCUGGGAAGAAGUGCAGCCCCGCAUCGAUUAUAUCAAUUGUCGAGAAUGGUAUAACAAAUGCAAGGAUAGAACUAAUAAAGAAGCUCGGAUUGGAUUUUGUUUUCCAUUUGAAGAUGAAAAGGUUUGACAGCGAGCUGCUUAUCUGGUUGAUUGACCAUUUCAAUGGGGACAGCAUGUCGAUUCAGAUGGCUGAUGGACGUCACCUAGUCCUCACAGUUGAUGAUGUGCAACGGGUUUAUGGCCUUCCUCGUGGUCAAAAGUAG